AUGCUCUCGGUCAAGCAGCCGGGCAGCGGCGCCCUGGACGCGCCGCCCAAAGUCAUCGCCCAGAAGUCCAUGCUGGAGAAGCUCAAGCUCUUCAACAGCAAAGGCGGCUCCAAGGCCUCCCCCAGUGGUGGUGGUGGUGGUGGCGGUGGUGGCAGUGCUGGUUGGCUCCAGCAGGGGGCGCCAGAGCCGGACGCAGUCGAGGCGGACGCCCGGCCGGAGACCCCGGGGAGCGCGUGCGGCAGCCAGCCGGACGAGGCGGACGGCGGGCACCCGAGGCCCUCCAGCCGGAGCGCCGACACCAGCCCCAAGCUGGCACUGAGGGGCAUUGCCCAGCGCACGCUCAGCCGAGCCCUCACGCCCAAGAAGAGCGCCCUGAAGAAGGACACGGAAAAGGAGAAGGAGAAAGAGAAGGAGAGGACCAGGGCCAGGGAGGGCUCGUUGGGCCGGGCCACCACCCCUGACCAGCACGUCCGGGAGCUCAAGUCUCCGGAUUCGGGCACUUCGACCCCCGAGCUGAAGAAGAGCUCCUCCCUGCCCAAAGGCGGCAAGGCUGGCAGCAGUGCCAAGAAGGAGAGCUUGUCUGUGGCCCGCAGUGGCAUCCCCAAGCCGGGGGCGAAGGGCGCCAACACGGGACGUGGCUCAGUGGCGCCCUCCUGUGGCAAAGACGGGGAACGAGGCCACGGUGGCAAGCCCAGCGCGGGGCUGUCGGUGCACAAGGGGCAGCCAGACAGCAGCACCUCUUCCUCGUCCAGUCUGGCGUCCUCGGAGGGCAGGGCCUCACAGACCGUCGCCGUCAGCAGCUGUGGCCCCCUGGUGGCCAACACCGGUGCUGCACAAGCGUCUCCAGUCAGUGUGGAGCUGCCUCACCCUCAGCAGCACCACAGUCACCCCAACACUGCCACAGUGGCGCCCUUC